CAUUACGACUUCAUCGGUUGACGUCAAAGAGUCUAAGCCGUUUUUUGAAGGAAUAACGCCGAGGGAAGAACGAUUAAGAAAACUUAAGGAACUAUUGAAAGAAAAACAGAAAGCGGUGGACGAAAUUUGGCAAAAAAAAGCUGAUGAAGAUAGAAGUUAUAAUGAAUAUCCAGACUAUGUACCAAAGACAGAUGUUUCGGAGUCAGAUGAUGAUGCAGACUAUGUACCAAAGACAGAUGUUUUGGAGGCAGAUGAUGAUGCAGAUGAUGUACCAAAGACAGAUGUUUCGGAGUCAGAUGAUGAUGCAGAUGAUGUACCAAAGACAGAUGUUUCGGAGUCAGAUGAUGAUGCAGAUGAUGCAUCUGAUACAUUUCCUUUGUUAAAAGGAAAUAAUAAAGCAGAUGAUGAAGAUAGAAGAUAUGAUGAAGAUCCAGAUUAUGUACCAGAGACAGAUGUUUCUGAGUCAGAUGAUGAUGCAGAUGAUGUACCAGAGACAGAUGUUUCUGAGUCAGAUGAUGAUGCAGAUGAUGCAGAAGAUAUAUUUCCUUUGUUAAAAGGAAUUAAUAAAGCAGAUCAUAUGCUGCAGAAUGACAUACAUAUUGAAGAAGGAAGUGACAACGAUGAAGAUGACAACACAAGAAGUCAUGCUGAACCUCAGUUGAAGUUUGGUCCUCGCAAUGGUUGCAAGAAGAGGUAUGACAAGAUAAACGUUUGCACUUUCUGUGGAAAGCAAAAUAAGUCCAAGAUAACCAGACACUUGUUAACGCACAAAGAGAGGGCUGAAGUUCUCAAAAUAAAGACACUUCCUAAAAAAUCCCCAGAGAGGGCAGCUGCUUUUUCUGCCCUUGUAAAUGAGGGGAAUUACAAGCAUAACAUAUCAGUUCUGAAGUAUGGAAGUGGUAUUUUUAUUACUGCUCGACGUGACAGCACAGAUGAUAAAAAACACAAGGUUGAAGACUAUUAUCCAUGUGAAUUUUGCAAAGGCUUUUAUGUUAUGAAUCUGCUGUGGCACCAUGCCAAGAAUUGUAAAGUUAAGAAUCUUGGAAGCAAAAAUGACAGAGAAGCCACUGACCUUGUUGAACCAGAAGAGACCACAAACUUCUUGCGCAAUUCCAGAACAUUAUUAUAUUGUUCACUACUUGAAACAGAUGAAGAAGAGUUAAUUUUACCUGUUCUAAAGCGUAUGAACGAUGGGGAUGUGAAAAGUAUAUUUAUGAGAGACACUAUAAUUAAAAAGUUCACAGCUGUCCAGGUCAAAGCUCUUGGACAUGAAAGCAUACAAAAGAAUGAUAUUCACAGGGUCAGCCAAAAUGCUAGAUCACUAUCAAGGCUAGUACUUGAAGCACAAAAACAAAAACCAAUGGCAUCUAUUUUGGGUCUUCUUGCCCCUCAAAACUUUGAUUUAGUGACGAAAUGUGUUAGUAGCAUGUCAAGAGACAGUGCCACCUUACCAAUCAGAAUGGGGCAUCUCAUCGGCCAUUGCAUCAUGGCAAAGAGUGCUUGGGCUAUAAGAAUAUGCAAUGACGACAUGCUUAAAGAAAGUAGAGAUUUCAAACAGUUGUUCGAUGCAGAAUGGCGGUACAUAGUUAAUGCUCCAGCAAUAAGACGACAAAACAUCAACAGUCAAAACAAACCAAAGGUCAUUCCAGAGACACAAGAUCUUGUUCUGUUAAGGAAUUACCUGAUGAAGGAGUUAAGAGAGACUGUUGACCAGAUGAAACAGAAACCAACUGCAGCAGGCUUUCAGUGGCUUGCUAAAGUGACUAUGUGCAGACUAAUACUUUUCAAUAAAAGGAGAGUGGCUGAGGUGGAGGAUUUAAUGGUCCACGACUUCAAUAACAGGCCUAGUUGGACAGACUCAGAAGAGUUCCAGCUGUCUUUGUCUCACAUGGAGAAAGAGCUAGCAAAACGGAUGGACAUGAUAGAGAAUGUUGCAAAAUCUAAAAAAAAUCACCACGCCUUUGUCCUGAUAACACCAGAGGCAAAAGAGUCUAUAAUGCUCCUUAUAGAAUCAAGGGAGGCAGUCGGUAUUCCCAAGAGCAACCCGUACAUCUUUGCAAGGUUAAAUGCAUCCACUCCACUUUCUGGAGGGGCCUCUCUCAAGGAAAUUGUCCACAAGUGCCCACUUUUGAAAAGUCCAGAAAUUAUUAUUACAACAACUUUGAGAAGAUACACAGCUACAGUCUCACAGAUUCUUGAUAUGACAUCCAAGGAGUUUAGACUUCUAGCCAAACACUUGGGUCAUGAUGUGAAGACACAUAAAGAGUAUUAUCAAUUAUCUUCUGCAACUUUGGAAUUAUCAAAGGUGUCAAGAAUUUUGAUGGCAGUGGAAAAUGGCAAAGUUAAUGAGUGGAAAGAUAGGCCCAUGAGUGACAUUUCGCUUGAUGAACUGCCCUUGGCAGAGGACGAGGAAGAUGUGCCUCUUGACGAGAAAUUAGCAGAUAAUCAAAGGGAUAUUGAUCGUCCAUUGGUGCACAAGUCAGCAGACAAACUUCAAACCAGUAUGAAUCCUACCAUGGUCAUUCCUGAAACGUCCGAUCUUGGGGCUACUAGUGCAGAUAAACCCACAGUCAAACGAGGCACAAAAAGACCUUGGGAGCCGGAAGAAAACAAACAAUUUUUUGAACAAUUUGCACAUGAAAUAGAAAACAAAGAAAUGGCGCCAACCUGGAAGCUACAGAAAGCAGCAGACACUCUUAAAAGCAGAACUGUUGUCCAAAUUAGGACCAGAGUGCAUAACAUUAUAAAUGACAAACAGAAACUGAAACACUGAUCAUUCCUCGCCAGGGUGCAGUCCAUCACUAGAUCCUAAAUGACUUGUUUUAAACCGGCAAUGUACCAGGCACAUAAUUUCACGAAUUAAACAAGUAAUCAUUCUCUCAAUUGUAAUAGAAACAGUGAUAUGUUAUUCGUUAAAUUGAUUUAUUACAAAAAUAGGAAAAACAAGAAACCGUCGGAGACGGGUGAUGCUCCCUAAAGUUUUUUUUGUCGCAAUAUUGCACUAUACAUUCAGAUAAAAGGAAACGUCUUGAGGGGCAUAACUUUUGACAAAAUAAUACGAUGGAUGGUUUAGCAACUUAAAAAGGGCCAUAACUCUCUAAAUAAAUCAUCUAACCAGAACCCACAAAUAACAUGCGCAUCUCCUUAAGGUAGUUAAGCUUCCCAUAAAGCUUCAUUGAAUUCCAGUCACUAGUUGGGGAGAAAUAGUCUGGACAAGAAUUGCACUAUAUGUACAGUUUAUAGAAAAUUUCAAAGGGCCAUAAGUCUGUGACAAAUCAUCCGACCAGAACCGGCUGAUAAUAUGCACAUCUCCUCUUGGUACUAAAGCUUCCCAUAAAGUUUCAUUGAAUUCCAGUCAUUAGUUGCUGAGAAAUCGCCCAGACAAGAAUUGCACUAUAUGUACAGUUACCCGGUAAUGGAAAAUUUCAAAGGGCCUUAAGUCUGUGAAAAAUCAUCGGACCAUAACUAGCUGAUUAUAUGCACAUCUCCUUUUGGUAGUGAAGCUUCCCAUAAAGUUGCAUUGAACUCAGGUUAUUAGUUGCUAAGAAAUAGCCCGGACAAGAAUUGCACUAUAUGUACAAGUAAUUUCAAAGGUAAUAACUCUGUGAAAAAUCAUCGGACUAGAACCCGCUGACAGUAUGCACAUGUCCUCUUGGUAGUGAAGCUUCCCAUAAUGUUUAAUUGAAUUCCAGUCAUUAAUUGCUGAGAAAUAGCCCGGACAAAAAUUGUGCACGGACGGACGGACACACGAAGCGGCAACUAUAUGCUCCCCCCAAAAAUUUAGGGGGAGCAUAAAAAUCAUACUGAUCUAUGAUGACAUUCUUCACAAAUAGGUCCUGAGUUUCAGCUCUGGCUCUGCAAAUAGUUCUUGAAAAGCCGUCAGUUGUUUAAAUAUUUGUAUGCUGUUCUAGUGAUUGAAUACUAGGAGAUUUGAUAGGUACACUGGCCUCUGUUUUAUAACUGAAGUGCUGUUGAAACUGCGUAAAACUAAUUCUGUAUCGAAACCAUUUUACACUUGGAUUUAGCAAUUCCUUUUUCUAAAAGAGUAGCUAUUAUACUUGUGGUUAUAUUACAACCUUAAGAAAUUUAAUCAUUUCCCUAAUACGACAUUUCAUGCUCUGUUUAGCACACAGCAUUUGAAAACACGUAAACAAUUUGGAAAUUUGCUCAUAAUAAGCAAAUUCUUCUUUGUCUGAAGUUGUUUAACUUCAAUUCCAUAACGAAACAGAUAUGCAUCAAGAUUUUUAACCAGGUUUUCCGAAGGAAAAAACUGGUUAUUAGAUUGGCGAAUGCUGGCGGGCGGGCUGGCUGGCUGGCGGGCUGGCUGGCUGGCGGGCUGGCGGAAUAAGCUUGUCCGGGCCAUAACUAUGUCGUUCAUUGUCAGAUUUUAAAAUCAUUUGGCACAUUUGUUCACCAUCAUUGGACGGUGUGUCGCGCGAAAUAAUUACGUCGAUAUCUCCAAGGUUAAGGUCACACUUUGAGUUCAAAGGUCAAAAAUGGCCAUAAAUGAGCUUGUCCGAGCCAUAACUAUGUCGUUCAUCGUCAGAUUUUAAAAUCAUUUGGCACAUUUGUUCACCAUCAUUGGACGGUGUGUCGCGCGAAAUAAUUACGUCGAUAUCUCCAAGGUCAAGGUCACACUUUGAGUUCAAAGGUCAAAAAUGGCCAUAAAUGAGCUUGUCCUGGCCAUAACUAUGUCAUUCAUUGUGAGAUUUUAAAAUCAUUUGGCACAUUUGUUCACCAUCAUGGGACGGUGUGUCCCACGAAAGAAUCACGUCAAUAUCUCCAAUGUCAAGGUCGCCACGACUAAAAAUAGAUUUAAAAAAAAAAAAAAACUUACAAAGGGGGUUAAUUUUUUUUGGUCAUUUCAAAAGUUCAGUUUGAGUUUUCUCCCUUUAUCAGAUUUUUUUUCACAAUGAAAACCUGGUUUUGUGACAAUUUUGUCCCUUGUUAUUUUUUAUGCCCCCGAAGGAGAGCAUAUAGUGAUCGGACUGUCCGUCCGUCUGUCUGUCUGUCUCUCCGUCACACUUUGCGUAUGGGUUUUGUAAAAUGCUCAUAACUUCUAUGUCGCUUCAGAUGUCACCUUCAUAUUUGGUAUGCAUGUGUAUAUGGACAAGGCCUUUCCAUACGCACACAAAUUUUGACCUUGACCUUGAAGUUAGGGUCCGCGUUUAUGUUUUGAAAUCAGCGUUUAGGUUUCGAAAAAUGCUAAUAACUUCUAUAUCGCUUCAGAUGUAACCUUCAUAUUUGGUAUGCAUGUGUAUAUGGACAAGGCCUUUCCAUACGCACACAAUUUUGCCCCUUUCACCUUGACCUUGAAGUUAGGGUCAGAUGUAACCUUCAGAUUUGGUAUGCAUGUGUAUAUGGACAAGGCCUUUCCAUACGCCAACAAAUUUUAACCCAUUGACCUUGAAUUUAGGGUCUGCAUUAAGGUUUCGAAAUCUGCGUUUAGGUUUCGAAAAAUGCUCAUAACUUCUUUGUAGCUUCAGAUGUCACCUUCAUAUUUGAUAUGCAUGUGUAUAUGGACAAGGCCUUUCGAUACGCACACAAAUUUUGACCCCUUUGACCUUGACCUUGAAGUUAGGGUCCGCAUUAAGAAUUCGAAAUCUGCGUUUAGGUUUUGAAAAAUGCUAAUAACUUCUAUUUCGUUUCAGAUUUAACCUUCAUAUUUGGUAUGCAUGUGGACAAGGCCUUUCCAUACGCAUACACACUUUGCCUCUAUCACCUUGACCUUGAAGUUAGGGUUCGCGUUUAGGUAUCUAAAUCUGCGUUUAGGUUUCGAAAAAUGCUCAUAACUUCUAUGUCGCUUCAGAUGUAACCUUCAUAUUUGGUAUGCAUGUGUAUUUGGACAAGGCCUUUCCAUACGCACUCAAAUUUUAACCCUCUUGACCUUGAACUAAGGGUCUGCAUUUAGGUUUCGAAAUCUGCGUUUAGGUUUCGAAAAAUGCUCAUAACUUCUAUUUCGCUUCAGAUGUAACCUUCAUAUUUGGUAUGCAUGUGGACAAGGCCUUUCCAUACGCACACACACUUUGCCUCUAUCACCUUGACCUUGAAGUUAGGGUUCCCGUUUAGGUUUCUAAAUCUGCGUUUAGGUUUCGAAAAAUGCUCAUAACUUCUAUGUCGCUUCAGAUGUAACCUUCAUAUUUGGUAUGCAUGUGUAUUUGGACAAGGCCUUUCCAUACGCACUCAAAUUUUAACCCCCUUGACCUUGAACUUAGGGUCUGCGUUUAGGUUUCGAAAUCUGCGUUUAGGUUUCGAAAAAUGCUCAUAACUUCUAUGUCGCUUCAGAUGUAACCUUCAUAUUUAAUAUGCAUGUGUAUAUGGACAAGGCCUUUUCAUACGCACUCAAAUUUUAACCCCUUUGACCUUGACCUUGAACUUAGGAUCUGCGUUUAGGUUUCAAAAUAUGCGUUUAGGUUUCUAAAAAUGCUCAUAACUUCUAUGUCGCUUCAGAUGUAACCUUCAUAUUUGAUAUGCAUGUGUAUAUUGACAAGGCCUUUCCAUACUCACACAAAUUUUGACCCCUUUGACCUUGAACCUUCCUUUUGUUGAAAAGUAUUAGUCUGCACAUUGUCACUUAAGAAAGCCACUGAAAGCCAGCUGCAGUUGGUUUCUGUUUCAUCUGGUCAACAGUCUCUUAACUUCUUCACCAGGUAAUUCCUUAACAGAACAAGAUCUUGUGUCUCUGGAAUGACAUUUGGUUUGUUUGGACUGUUAAUGUUUUGUCUUUUUAUGCCCACAAAGGAGGGCAUAUGGUGAUCGGACCGUCCGUCCGUCUGUCUGUCCUUCCGUCACACUUUCCGUUUAGGUUUUGCAUUUAGGUUUGGAAAAAUGCUCAUAACUUCUAUGUCCCUUCACAUAGCAACUUGAUAUUUAGCAUGCAUGUGUAUCUCAUGGAGCUGCACAUUAUGAGUGGUAAAAGGUCAAGGUCAAAUAUUUGGCUUCAAAGCGGCGCAGUAGGGGGCAUUGUGUUUCUGACAAACACAUCUCUUGUUGAAAUUACAAUAAUCUAUAAGUCGUUGACUAACCCUUUCAGUGCGGGAACCGAAUUUUGAAGGCCUGUGCAAACAGUUUGGAUCCAGAUGAGACGCCACAGAACGUGGCGUCUCAUCUGGAUCUAAACUGUUUGCUAUUCUGAUAGUAUUCUUUGAAAAAAAAUCAAAGAAAAUGCUAAUUUUAGAAAUCUAGCAGACGACAAAUUUCCCAGCAUGCAAAGGGCUAAUGAUGAAGAAUGUAAUAAUACUGACAUUAGUAUUGAUUUUUUUUUAAUCUACUUUGAGUCGAAUUUUCUAAAGCACUGAAUACAUUUAAAGGACGUGCGUGGAAGUUCACAUUAUAUUUUUAACUCAUAGAAUAUGUUUGUUAGUUUGUUAGAACCAUCUUUUGCUUAUAUAAAAAUGAAAUAAGCAUCGUG